AUGAUGCAAUCAAAAUACACAGCAGCUGCUACAUCAACUACAUGGUGGGGAAUGUAUAGUAUUCAAAUGUUACCAGGUUACUUGCUAACCUCGGCCUUUAACAGUAGCCUUUCAAGACUAGUGCCAAAUCCUACCACUCAACGCCAACAAUCAUUUUACAAUGAAAUUGUGGCAACGUUUGGAACUCAUUAUGCUUCAUCAGUCAUUGUUGGUGGUAUUGCACAUUAUUAUACAUUUCUGACUGAAGAAUGGCAGCGUCAAAGCAGCCAAAGUUCUACCGAAAAUGAGAUUUCAAUAGGUUUUCAUCUUGGUUUCGAUAUUCCGCUUGGCAAUGGUAUUUCCAUUGCGCUUGGUGAAGAAUUUGGUGGUAUUUCAUUCGGUGGUGGUUGGGGAUUUACUGGCGGUGUUCAAUCAGAAACGUUUAAGAAAAAUUCAGUUAUCAGAUUUCUUUUUCGGCCAACGCCUGUAGGUUCAUUCUCCUCGAUGUACAAUCAUACCUGGGCAACAUGGGCAUCUCAAACAGCAAAUCAACCUGUUGUUGUGAAUCGAACACUUUUUCCUUUGUCGAAUCUAUUAGUUGAUUUUCCUACCGGUAUUGCGGAACACUUGCAAAUGACCAUAGAUUAUUAUCUUAAGACCGGUAGCUUGCCAAAACUUAUUGAUAUAGUUCACAAAGAAAGGCUCUCAUUAGUCUCAUCAAUGUCUAUUCCUGGUCUUGAUGUGGUCGGCUGUGGAUACAAUAUCAUAGAACUUCUAAGUAGUAAACAGUGUCUAUUCAACAUGACUUAUAACGAAAAUAAACUCUGGUCGAACGUUUUCAAUGGUCAUAGAUCGUAUCGAAUUCCUGAUGGAUAUUCUGUUAUGGGAACACGGGAAUUCUACUCGACAUACGACACUCAGAUAUUUGACAAUUACCAUAAAUUUAUACAAAAUUCUAUUUAUAUGAAUGAGCAGGACGAAGCAAAAUUUCUUGGUUUUGGUAUGUCACACGAACGUACGGAAAUUGUAACGCGACUUCGAAAUAUGUAUAAACAUCUUUUAAAUCUUGCAUGGACAAAUCGAAAAGUACUUUGGUAUAAUCUCUCAAUUGUGAAAUUUUCUACUCCACUACUAAGUUCUGUUGCUAAGAUAGCUUUGAAUGAUCUACCAUCGAUCUUCAAAAAAGAAGAUUUUCAAAAGGUUUGGAAGAGAUUUUUUGACAUUUAUGGUACACAUUAUGUGGUGAGUGCAAACUUUGGUGGUAUGGUGUGGGCUGAGGAUUAUUUGGACCCAUGUAUGGUCACGAAAAAUUCAUCACAAUGGAUUAAAGAUCAAAUUAAACGAUCUUAUUGGUCUAUUUCGACUAGUGAGUUUAAUAGUUUGUACGUACCUGUUACCAGUCAAGACUAUCUGCAGCAUCGUGUAUCGACGAUCCGUAUAAUUGGUGGAGACGAUAACUUGAAAUCUUUUCAGCUUAAUAAAUGGAUGCAAACAAUCAAAGAUAAGCCGGGUGUUAUUAGCUAUAGCCUUCAACCUCUUUAUACACUUCUACCUUUGGAUACACAAAAACGAAAGGCAUUGGAGGAGGCCACUCUUUAUAUUCGACUGCAAGCGAUCAAUACGACGAAUGCUUAUUUAAAUAACCUACAGUUCAUUGAAGGGCUAUUCCCGGCUCCUAAUAUAGACUGUUCUUCUUCUUGGCAACGUCGACGCCAACACAUGUCGAAACAAUAA